CCGUUGCUUUGACAGUGUUAUAUCAACCUCCGGCCGAGCGCAGUCGGUGUGUUCUCUUCUUUCAUAAAUCUCACUUCUGGAACUCAAAAGAAAGAGAAACUUCCAUCGAGAAUUUUCCGACGAACUGUGAUUCGCAUAUAGAGACAUUCGUGUGGGGGACUCUUUACGACAGUCUGGAACAGUUUUGAAACAUAAAUAGGAAAAACGAUCGAGCGAAUAAGGGAAAGGGGUAGAGGAAAAUAAGGGAAGAACGAGAGGAGCGUUAGUUCGUACCAUUUUUUAGUUUCCUUCGUUUUUCUUUUUUCGAGAACUUGUUAGAAACUCCCAAGACGCAUCGGUAAACAAGAUAAAACAAACAUCUAGUACCAGACACAAGGAAAUCUGUAUUGAGACAUUCUACGAAUUUGUGCUGCGUGUUUUGUGAGUGAUAAAAGCUUAUCGUCGCGCGGCAACCGGAGACCUUUUGGGUCAGCGCGAAAGAGGCGGAUCGUUUUCCUUUUUGAAAAAGGCUCUUCUCUCCCGCCCAAGCCUGAAGAGGGUUACUUCUUCCUGGAUAACCGGAAGUGGCUAUUAACCAGACGAAGAUGUCUUUCAUUUUGUAAAUAAUACUGAAUGAAAAGAAGUAUCAGACUGAAGAUGGGCAAGCUUUUGAGUCUUUUGGCUCGAGACGAGUCUACCUGUUGCACGCCUCAAAAGUACGAUGUCUUUUUGGAUUUCGAAAAUGCACAACCUUCUGAGAUAGAGCGGGAGACCUUUGAAGCGGUGCAAAGGGUUCUGAAAAAUUCAGAAUCUAUCUUAGAGGAGAUUCAGUGCUACAAAGGGGCAGGGAAAGAAAUCAGAGAGGCGAUUUCGGCGCCCACGGAGGAAUGUCAACGAAAAGCCUAUCUGACUGUCGCCCCUCUGGUUGCGAAGCUCAAAAGAUUCUAUGAAUUUUCAUUGGAACUUGAAAAGGUAGUACCAAAGAUCCUGGGUGAACUAUGCUCUGGCAACCUCUCGCCGACCCAACAUCUCGAGACUCAGCAGGCUUUGGUGAAACAGCUGGCAGAAAUUCUGGAGUUUGUUUUGAAGUUCGAUGAACACAAGAUGAAGACUCCCGCUAUUCAGAACGACUUCAGUUAUUAUCGAAGAACAUUGACCAGAGCAUCCCUGGCGCGGCAGGAAAACGCCGAGAAGGACCUCGUGGUUGGAAAUGAACUCGCCAACCGAAUGUCCUUGUUCUACGCCCACGCGACACCCAUGCUUCGUGUUCUGAGUCACGCGACCAUUACUUUCUUGAUGGACAACGAAGAUGUAGCACGCGAAAACAUCACCGAAACGCUUGGUACCAUGGCCAAGGUUUGCCUGCGCAUGUUAGAAAAUCCGAAUCUACUGGCGCAAUUCCAACGGGAGGAAACUCAACUCUUUGUUCUGAGAGUGAUGGUAGGGUUAGUGAUCCUUUAUGAUCACGUUCAUCCCCAAGGUGCCUUUGUUAAGGGUUCGAAUGUCGAUGUUAAAGGCUGUGUGAAGCUGUUGAAGGAUCAACCACCCUGCAAAAGCGAGGGUCUUCUAAACGCUCUCCGUUAUACUACCAAGCACCUGAACGAGGAGAACACACCAAAAAACAUCAAGAACCUGCUAGCAGCAUGAUUACCGAAGCAACGUGGCUGCUGCAUCAGAAGCUGAGACAGUUGGCUGCUGAUAUGUCAGAAGCUAAACGAGCGAUGCCAUUUAUUUUGUGUAGCGUCACGAGGAUAUCGAAGAUGAUAUCCUCGGCGACUCCACAUGAUCCAAGAGCAAUCUCCUGUUUCCGAUCGUGGCUGGGUGGUGGACCACUAAAAACGUGUCUUUCGUAACCGAGUCUAUAGCUGCCCUAAAACUGCCGAAUUCUACAUACCUUCUGACAAAAAAAAAAGAUAAAAAUAAAAAAAAAAUAAAAAAGUAAAAAAGACAGGUAGGGAAAUCG